UAUGGGUAACAAUAUGACAGUGAAUUGGAGUGAAUAAUUAAAACACUCUUUUGACUUGUAUGAAACCAAUUCUAAGCAUAAUGUUCUUGGAAAUAUUGAUAUUUAUUAAUAUAUACCAGACAAUAAAGUCAAAAUCUUUAGUAAACAUGAUUAUUCAAAUUUUAUUAGGUAAAAUUGCUUAUGUCCCUGAUAAAGAGUAUUUCCUUUAAAAAACUAAAUUUAAACAUCCAAAUUUGCUUAGAGCUUUGGCUAUAGAGAAAUGUUCAGGAUCAUGUAGUGGAGACAAAGAUUUAUACAAAGUCUAUUAUGAUUAUCCAGGAAUUUGCACUUUUGAACAGAUUAUAAGUGAAAAGUAUGAAUUCUAUAUUUAAGAUAAAGAAAUAAAAAGUUUACUGAAUCAGCCAUUUGGAAUAUAAUUUUCUAAGUAGUUGAUUGUGCAGAAUAUUUACAAUCUCACUAUAAGACUAUUGGUAAUAUAAAUCCUAAAUCUAUCUAUGUGUUAAAUGACGGCCUCAAAAUAUUUGUAAUCUAAAAUAUCAUGAUAGGAAGUUAAUCAUAUUUUUAAUGUUGAAUCAUCUUACGAAUAAGCACUCAAAAAUUAAAUUGCCAUAUUGUCUCCAGAACAAAUAGAAUAGCUUCAAAGAGAUAUACCUAUUCCAUCAGUUAAUGGUUUCAAGAGUGAUGUUUAUGCAUUUGGAAUAGUCCUGCUAUGUCUAACUACACUGAAUAAUUAUACUAAAUUUUACACUCCUAAUUAAGAAUUGGACAAGAAUCAAAUAUAUUUGAAUCUACAGUAGAUAAAAAUGCAAUAUUCAGAACUCUUAUAUGGUUUAAUUUAGAAAAUGCUUCUUGAGAAUCCCUAAGAAAGAUAAUCUUGGAUUGAUAUCAAAGUAAAAUCAUUUUCUUAAAUUAGAGAUUCAUUGACCCAUUUAAGAUUUUAGAAGAAAAAGAUUAACCAUUCUAUUCAGAUCUGAAAUUAUGCCCUUAAGUCAUAAAUAAAGUAAAUAGUCCUUCAAUUGAAACAGUUAAAUUAAACACAUAAACCUCUUAGAAAUAGGUUCCAAUAGUUUUAUCACCAAAUACUACACCCAGAGUUUUGUAAAGUUGUUAAUAAUUAACAAUUGCUCCAACUCAAACUAUACAAUAAAUUUAUGCUCCUACUAAUAUAUCACACAGAAAUUAAUAAGUUUAAUAGAGUUUAGAAUUUCAAUAACCUUAAAUCAACUCUACUACAACCUUUGCAAAACAGAUUUCAAAUUUACCUUCAUAAAGAGGAGGUUCUAUCAGAGAUUUGACCUAUAAAACACCUUGUUUUCCUUAAAAUUCAAAAUCAUAAUAAUAAUCGUUUCAAGCACUUACAAUACCUCCUUAAUCAAUGCCUCCUUAAUCAAUGCCUCCUAAUUCAAUUCUUCCUUAAUCAAUGCAUCCUAAUUCAACAUAGGGAAAUACAUUUUACAAUCCCCUAUCAGCAAGGGCAAUAUAAAGUUGA